AUGAGGGUUAACAUAAAAACUUUGGUUGAAACAUUUUCUGUGAAACAUGAUGCACACGCAUCACAAUCCCCCUUUUUUUUCUGCCACAUCCAUUUGCGCUGGGCCCACACCUUUGGUUGCUUCAUCCACUUCCAGGCUUCCAGCGGGCCCCCACCCCAGUCCACCUCUCGGCCCCCUCGAAGACGCGGCACCUGGAAGGCUGGAAUCGGAAACCGGUUCGAACGCUCGCGAAAAUCACAAAUCAAGAAGCGCUUCGGCGGCGGAGGCGGGGGCGAGCCGGCGGCCAAGCGCCAGGCCGCCGGGGACGAGGGGCCCUCUGAAUCCGCCGAAGACGGCACCGUCGUGGCCGAGAUAUCGAAGAACAAGAAGGUGUCCGUGAGGAGCUGGAAGGGCAAGGUCUACGUCGACAUGCGCGAGUUCUACGUCAAGGACGGCAAGACCCUCCCUACCCGCAAAGGUAUAUCACUACAACUGGAUCAGUGGAAGAUACUGAGGGACAAUAUUAAAGCUAUAGAUGAGGCCAUCAAGGAAAAUGCAUGACAGGAGCCUUGAGCUGGAUCAGAUAGGGGCAACCUUUUGCGUACUCUUCAGACCCCUGAUGUACGCUAGUAGGCCCCCAGGAUCAUAGGGGCAAUCUUUUGCGUAUUCUCUUCAGACCCCUGAUGUACGCUAGUAGGCCCUCAGGCUGGUUUUUUUGUUGCCACCCAUCCCCUAUGCUGCAGUGUUGCGCUUGUACCGCUUUAUCACCUGUUGUUAUUUCAGGUGGCCACAUGGCAGCUAUGUAGUCUGUGCUCUGGGCAUCCAGAUGACAUGUAGCCCUAAUGAAUGAUUUAGGGGGUGUUUAGAAACAGGGACUUUUUAGUAUUUA